GCCGCAGGCGGGCGCUGCGGGCCCUGGGCUCUGGCCAGCCGCGCGGCCCGCGCCUCUUGCCAGAAGGCUGCUGAACCUGUCAAUCUUGACUCCGUAUCUUCAUUGGUUACAUCUCAAGCUGUCUGGGACAACACCCGCCCACCCAUGGGACUAAGGGCGAGGCGGGGAUGCUGCCCCACACUCAAGGAUUGACGAGGCAGUGGGUUCACCUCCGGUACGGCGUCCGCGCCGGAACUGCGUACAGCCUUUGUGCAAUUUGAUUGGCUAGGGCCUAGCAACAAAGGGGACGGCCUCGAGCUGCCCAUUGGCCGGAUGGGUCUUUCGUCUGGCUGGAGGCGGGUAGAGAGAGAGAGAAAGAGGGAGAGAGAGGGAGAGAGAAGAAGCCGACGACCGUAUUGCAACCUGCAACGGGGAUGGAGGCGUCGGCGGGUGAGUGUGCGGUCACUGGAGAUGGUAGGAAGAAGUCGUCCCGCUUCUGCUAGUCAGGACUCUGGAGUCUGGAAACUUGGCUGGCGUCCGGCACAUCAUCCUAAUCCUCUCUGGAAAGGGGGGGGUCGGGAAAAGCACCAUCUCCACGGAGCUGGCCCUGGCCCUGCGUCACAUGGGCAAAAAGGUGGGGAUCCUCGACGUGGACCUGUGUGGCCCCAGCAUCCCCCGAAUGCUCCGGGUGCAGGGCAGGGCCGUGCACCAGUGUGAUGGUGGCUGGGUGCCUGUCUUUGUGGACCAGGAGCAGAGUGUCUCCCUCAUGUCCGUGGGCUUCCUGCUGGAGAAGCCAGAUGAGGCUGUGGUGUGGAGAGGCCCCAAGAAGAAUGCUCUGAUAAAGCAGUUUGUAUCUGACGUGGCCUGGGGGCAGUUGGACUACCUGGUUGUGGACACGCCUCCAGGGACCUCUGAUGAGCACAUGGCUGCCUUGGACGCCCUUCGCCCCUAUAGCCCUCUGGGGGCUGUCGUGGUCACUACACCUCAGGCUGUGUCUGUGGGGGACGUGCGGCGGGAACUGACAUUCUGUAGGAAGACAGGGUUGCGGGUGAUUGGCAUUGUAGAGAACAUGAGCGGCUUCGUCUGCCCACACUGCACGGAGUGCACCAACGUCUUCUCCAGGGGAGGCGGUGAGGAGCUGGCCAAACACGCUGGAGUCCCUUUCCUAGGCUCUGUGCCUUUGGACCCCGAGCUCACGAGAUGCCUGGAGGAGGGCCGAGACUUCAUGCAGGAGUUCCCCCAGAGCCCUGCCUUUCACGCCCUUUCCGCCAUAGCCCAGAAGAUUUUGAAGGAGACACCUGCUCAGCUGUCCUGACUGAGAUACCUUCUGGUGCCACUGUGGGGCUCAAGCUCACAAACUCCAGCCUGGGUCCUGGGUGUGCUUCUUGGAGCCUGCCAGGCUGGCCCGAGAGGCUGGCCCUGUGCGCACCUCCCUGCCCGGGCCCUUUGGAGAGUUCAGCACUUC